AUGAGCCCCCAGCAGCAGCAGCAGCAGCAGCAGGGCUCCAAGCCCCGCGUCAUCCUGGGGACGAUGACGUUCGGCACGGGGGUUGGAGGCCGUAUCAGCGACCAGAAGGAGAUACAGCGCAUCCUCGAUCUCUAUGCGUCGCAUGGGCACAAGGAGCUUGAUACCGCGCGCAUGUAUUGCGGUGGAAACACGGAGGAAGUUCUUGGCGAAAUGAACGUGCAAAACUCCGCUCACAGCUUCAGCGUGGCUACAAAAGCGUACCCGACGAACGCUGGGGACCACGAGCCUUCCAAGCUCAAAGCCCAAUUCCGCGCAUCUCUCAAAGCGCUCAAGACGAAGAAAGUCGACAUCUUCUAUUUGCACGCGCCCGAUCACGCAACCCCGUUUGCCGACACACUCAAAGCCGUGCAGGAGCUUUAUGAGGAAGGCACGUUCGGCGAAUUGGCUUUGAGCAACUAUGCGGCGUGGGAGGUGAUGCAGAUUUGGUGGAUUUGCAAAUCGAAUGGAUACGUUCUGCCCACGCUUUACCAGGGCAUGUACAAUGCGCUUGUGAGGGAUUGCGAGAGGGAGCUCUUCCCGUGUUUGCGGGAGCUGGGUAUCCGAUUCUACGCGUACAACCCGCUCUGUGGAGGCCUGAUGUCCGGAAAGUACAAGUUUGAGACCAAUCCGGACGAAGGUCGAUUUGACCCCAACCACUCUCAGGGUGAGCGAUACAGGCAGCGGUACUGGAACAAGCUGUACUUUGAAGCCAUUGAAUCCCUCAAGGCCGUCUGCGAGCAAAACGGACUGACGACCGUCGAGGUUGCGCACAGAUGGCUGGCUCGUCACUCCAAGCUCGACUUCAACCUCGGGGACGGAAUCAUCAUCGGCGCCUCGUCGUAUGACCACGCUAAACAGAACCUCGAGGAUUGCGCAAAGGGGCCGUUGCCGGAAGCGGUUGUGAAGGCUUUUGACAAGGCGUGGGAGGAUACAAAGGUUAUCGCUCCCACCUACUUCCGUUGA